CCCCAACCCACCCUUACCGCUCCUUUGGUUGUCCUUUGGCUGUUAUCUCCGUCGCUGCAACCACUUUGGUGGGUAUCGCAUCUUCCUCAAUCUGUGAGGAGAGUCUUCAGUUCCUCUGCUCCCCAUCCAGAUGUUCUAUCCUUCCUCUUGAUUCUUUGGCGUCCAUCGUCGUCGCUGCUUACUCCGCACCGGCUCUCUCCUCGGCCCGAUAACCUGCCAGCUUGCCAGCCACUUAACCAAGUGUGAGGGUAACUCCCACACUUACAGCACAGCAUGUGGCUGCGGUCUUCGCUUCAGUUAUCCUUAGCUUUCGGUCUCUCACUCUCGGUCUCUACCGUUGCAGCACGGAGUAACUACUCCGAUGCCGACCUCCUACCUCCGCUCUUCUCCGCACUCGACGAUCGUCCAGAUGGUUGCCCACCAUGCUUCAACUGUCAGCUAGACGCUUUCCAGUGCGCCCAGUUCGCUUCAUGUGACAAAUUUACCGGAAAAUGUGUUUGUCCACCAGGUUUUGGCGGCGAUGAUUGCGCGCAGCCUCUGUGUGGGUCGCUGGCCGACGGUCACCAGAGGUCCCCUCGCCAGGGCGAUCAGUGUUCUUGCAAAGAUGGCUGGGAAGGGAUUAACUGUAACGUCUGCCAGACCGAUGAUGCUUGCAGUGCGAUGAUGCCAGAAGGCGAAGGAGGCGUUUGCUACAAACAGGGCGUGACUGUCAAAGAGAACUUCCAAAUGUGUGAUGUGACCAAUCGCAAGAUCCUUGAUCAGCUCAAGGACCGCAAGCCGCAGGUGACGUUCUCUUGUGAGGCGGAAGACCAGACUUGCAACUUCCAAUUCUGGGUGGGCAGGGUAGAAUCGUUCUACUGCGGUUUGGAUACGUGUCAGUGGGAUUUGGAGACCACCCAUACCCAAAAUAAAACACGCUACACGUGCGAGAACAUCCACUGCGAGUGUAUACCAGGGCGCAUGCUUUGUGGCGAGGAAGGGUCUAUUGAUAUCGGUGACUUUCUCCGAGAGUCGAUCGUGGGCCCUGCCACGUUCACGUCGUCGUCCACUGAAGGAGGCAGCCCAGAAGAUGGAAGCAGAUUCCAGGAACCCGCCAUGGACGAAUUGAUCAAAGCCGUUUUCGGUGACAAGAGUAUCACGUUGAAUUGCGACUCUGGCGAGUGUUUGUAUCGGACGGAUGUCCCUGGGUAUUCUCGCCCGGUCAAACAGAUCAACACUCCCCUCAUUGCUGGCGUAAUCGCGGGAUGUGCCCUCUUUGUCGUUGCUGUGAUUCUGUCGGUCUGGUAUCUGUCACGUAGGUCAUAUGCCGGCCGCAUCCAGUUGCCACUAUCGGAUGAUGAGGACGACGACGGUGCCAAGCUCCUGGCGGAGCAUAGACCAGCCGCCUUAUCCUGGGACAGCGUUUCGUAUUACUUGAACGGGAAAGAGAUCCUCAGUGGGAUACAAGGUACUUCCCAGCCUGGGCAGAUCACAGCUAUCAUGGGUGCGUCGGGUGCAGGCAAGACCACUUUCCUAGACAUUCUCGCUCGGAAGAACAAGCGGGGUACGGUCCGUGGCGAUUUCUACGUCAAUGGCGAGAAAAUCAAUGACCAUGACUUUAGAACGAUGAUUGGUUUCGUUGACCAAGAAGACACUAUGCUUCCCACUCUAACUGUUCACGAGACUAUCUUGACGAGUGCGCUGCUCCGGUUGCCGCGAGACAUGAGCCGAGCUGCGAAGGAGCAACGAGUGUUCGAGGUCGAAAGGCAACUUGGGAUAUACCACAUCAAGGACCAGCUCAUUGGAUCUGAGGAAGGAAAAGGCCGGGGUAUUUCUGGUGGCGAGAAGCGUCGAGUUGGAAUUGCUUGCGAGUUGGUCACUAGCCCGAGCAUCCUCUUCCUAGACGAGCCUACUAGUGGAUUGGACGCGUAUAACGCAUUCAAUGUUGUCGAAUGCCUAGUGACAUUGGCCAAAACCUACAACCGCACUGUCAUUUUCACCAUCCAUCAACCACGCUCCAACAUCGUUGCUCUGUUCGACCGACUUAUCCUCCUGGCUCAAGGAAAGACCGUUUAUUCUGGCCCAUUUUCCACAUGUCAACAAUAUUUCGACAACUCCGGUUACGCUUGUCCUCCGGGCUUCAACAUUGCUGACUACCUCGUGGACCUCACAAUGCACGCUAGUGUGACCCGCUCCCACCAGAACGAGAUUGUGUCUCCCUUGCUCGAUGUGCGGGUAGAUCCCCCAAAGACAGCCUCGAGCAGUUUGAGGGCUGUUAAGUCAGUUGCCAGCGCAUCGAACGCUAGCUUUGAGGACAACAGCAGCAGCACUUUCGACGCAAACCGACGCCCGAAGAGUAAACGGCGUGUUUCUCUCAAGCAGAAACAGGACAGACAGCUCUAUUCCCGCAAGAAGGACCCGGAAGCACCGCCCACCCCUAAGACAGAUGACGAAGAUGUGCAGUUGGACGAUGUUGCCGAGAAUACUCAGCAAUGGCUGCGUCUUUCUCGUCAGCCAGGCAGUGCUCCAUCUCAGAUUGUUGAUGACCCGGAUCAAUUACCCCCAAUCGCCCCCGGCCAGACGGAUCUUGACAUCCUGGUCGCGAACUACGCAGGAUCGGAUAUCGCGCGUUCCGUCCAUGAUGAGAUCGUGGCAGCCAUUCAGAAUGCACGUGCAGCUAAUGGAUUCGCUAACCCGGAGUUGAUGUCUGCUCCUACUGGAACUGGCAAGAGUUACGCUCGUAUUGGCCUCCUGCGACAAUUCGUUAUCCUGUCGCAGCGAACUUGGCGUAAUCUGUAUCGAAACCCGAUGCUAAUGCUCACGCAUUAUGCCAUCUCUAUCCUUCUUGCUGUCCUGUGCGGUUACCUCUUCUACGGUCUGACCGAUGACAUUAAGGGUUUCCAGAAUCGCUUGGGUCUCUUCUUCUUCAUCCUCGCGUUGUUCGGGUUUAGCACGCUUACCAGUCUGACGGUAUUUUCCGGGGAACGACUCCUUUUUGUGCGUGAGCGGGCCAACGGCUACUAUCACCCGAUUACCUACUUUGCGGCCAAGGUGGUGUUUGACAUCGUGCCCCUCCGGCUCCUCCCUCCGAUCAUCAUGGGUAUCAUUGUGUAUCCCAUGACCGGCCUGAUCCCCGCUUGGGGCGAGUUCUUCCGAUUCAUCUUGGUACUCGUUCUCUUUAACCUGGCCGCAGCCAACAUUUGCUUGUUCAUCGGCAUUAUCUUCCGGGACGGGGGCGUGGCCAACUUAAUCGGGAGCCUGGUGAUGUUGUUCAGUCUGCUCUUCGCUGGUCUCUUACUCAACCACGAUGCUAUUCCCAAAUCUGCCCUGUGGUUGCAAACUCUUUCCAUCUUCCACUACGGUUUCGAGGCUUUGAUCGUCAACGAGGUGACAUACCUGACCUUGAUCGAUCACAAAUACGGCCUGGACAUUGAAGUACCCGGGGCAUCCAUCCUCAGUGCGUUCGGGUUUGACACUUUGGCUCUGUGGAAGGAUGUCAUUGGACUGGCCAUCAUUUCGGGGGCAUUCAUUGUAAUUGCCUAUGGUGCGAUGCAUAUCCUGCUGGUUGAGAAGCGGUGAUAACUUGAAAUACGUGUCGGUGGCCAUCUGCGAGCUGAGGCACUUGAUUUUGUUCCAUUAUACACUGGUUGUUUUGGCUGGUCAAUGGGCUAUGAUUGUUUUUGUAUUAGGACUGUAACUUGGUGAUGAGCAUGCUGAUGAGACGUUUCUUUCUGUUUAUCUGCAUUUUUUACCCUGCUCUUGCUUCAAUUCAUGACGAUAUUAGCUAGCUAAUUACAUGGUGCCUGUGUAAAUAAAGCUCAAAUCACU